GAAGCCGGCGCCGCGGGCCGAGAUCCUGGAUCAUCUUCACUAUCAUUAUUGUGAAUUCUUUUUCUGGGUCCUUGUGAGAGGCUCUGAGAAGACCUGGCUCUCCUGGGGACAGCUCCGUCCCAGAAGCACAUCCCCUAAAAGGACUCGCCACACCAGACAAUGCCCGUGGAGUUGGGGCAGGCUCCUGUCCUGCUGCCACCACCGGCCAAGGCUGAGGAGCUCCUAUUCCCUGGCCCAGAUGCCACCCACCGAGGGGAGCCCUCCAGCCCCGAGACCGCACGCCAGCUCUUCAGGCAGUUUCCUUACCAGGUGAUGUCCGGGCCCCAUGAAACCCUCCAACAGCUUCGGAAGCUCUGUUUCCAGUGGCUGCAGCCAGAGGUUCACACCAAGGAGCAGAUCCUGGAGAUGCUGAUGCUGGAGCAGUUCCUGAGCAUUCUGCCUGGGGAGAUCCAGAUGUGGGUGCGGAAGCAGUGUCCAGGCAGCGGGGAGGAGGCCGUGACCCUCGUGGAGAGCUUGAAGGGAGACCCCCAGAGGCUGUGGCAGUGGAUCAGCAUCCAAGUUCUGGGACAGGAAGUCUUCUCAGAGAAGGCGGAGCCCGCGAGCUGCCCAGCAGGGGACGCAGGCUCUCCUGCUGAAGAGCCUCAGAAGCUUGGGCUCCGGAACACAGCCCUCGGGCCUGGGGGGCCACUGAGCUGUGUGGUGAAAGAGGAGUCUGACGUGGAGCAAGGUCUAGCAGCGGCUGCCACCCAGCUGCCUGCCCAGCCCGAGCAAAUGCCUGUCGGGAACCAGGACUUUGGAGCCUCCCUUCUCCACACAGCAUCUCAGGAGCAGUGGAGGCACCUGGAUUCCACCCAGAAGGAGCAGUACUGGGACCUCAUGCUGGAGACCUAUGGGAAGAUGGUCUCAGGAGGUGCAGGCAUUUCCAGUGCCAGGCCUGACCUGACUGAUCCAGCUGGGUAUGGGAUAGAGCUGGCAGGGCCACACCUGCAUGCCAGUGAGAAGAUCCCAAGACCCACCUGCAUAGGGGACAGAGGGGAGAAUGACAAAGAGAACCUGAACUUGGAGAACUACAGGGCCCAGGACCCUCCGGCAUCAGGAGAGCCUCCCCCUCAGGCUCCCUUGAGCAGCCUCUUCAGUGAGGAUGAGCCAAGACCCUCUGGAGAAGGAGAGGACCUCUCAGAGGCCCAGGGGAACCUGCGGGGCGAGGGGACAGGGCGUCAGCUCUGCCCCCGGGAGAGGAAUUCCAGGAAGCAGCCGGGCCCGCACCUGCUGCCCUCGCUUCCCGGGGAUUCGCCCGCACCAUGGCUUGAGGAGAAGAGAGAGGCCGCCCCGCGGGGGCAGCCAAGGGCCCCCAUGGCCCAGAGACUCCCCACCUGCAGGGAGUGUGGCAAGACCUUCUACCGGAACUCGCAGCUGGUUUUCCACCAAAGGACCCACAGCCGAGAGACGUACUUCCAGUGCCCCACCUGCCAAAAGGCCUUCCUGCGGAGCUCCAGCUUCGUGAAGCACCAGCGGACCCACACGGGGGAGAAGCCCUGCAAGUGCGACUACUGCGGGAAGGGCUUCAGCGACUUCUCGGGGCUGCGCUACCACAAGAAGAUCCACACGGGGGAGAAGCCCUACAAGUGCCCCGUGUGCGAGAAGAGCUUCAUCCAGAGGUCCAACUUCAACCGGCACCAGAGGGUGCACACCGGCGAGAGGCCCUACAAGUGCACCCGCUGCGGCAAGAGCUUCAGCUGGAGCUCGAGCCUCGACAAGCACCAGAGGUCCCACCUGGGGAAGAAGCCCCGCCCGUAGCCGGGCUCUCUGACCCCAUUCUGUCCCCCGGUCUGUUCAAGAAGACUUGACUCCAUCCCAAGGAACUGUGUCCCUUAGAAAGCAUCCCUGUCCUCUCAGUCUUCCAUGGACUGCAGAGCAGAGCCCAGAACACAGCUUUAGACAGGAGGAUAGCUCGGCCUCUGAGGUGGACCUCACGCAGGCUGACUUUCUUGCUUCCGCAUCGGGAGAAAGAGAAGUCUUCCUUUUCCCACUCGUCUGUCCUCCCGGACCCCUCGGGAAAGACGUGUCACUUGGAGGUCCCGUUUUAGGAGUGUUCUCUGGAAAGAGUUUCACUGGAUCUGGCCUCAGGACUGUGGUCCUAGAGCAGGUCUUCUGUUCUGAAGGGGGAGCAAAGAGGCCAGUGGGCUCACGUGUGAUCUCUGUAGUACGGGUGCAAAGCUAACUUUCAAUA